AUGUCGCGUAAAACGAAUAGCCAAAAAGGAAAAGAGAGUGGCGCAACACAAACGCAGCGACUGAAAGACACAAUCGAAAAAACAGAAGAAGAGACAAAAACGAAAAAAAAUGAGUAUAUUAGGGUUUUGACCGAUGCGGAGGUCGAGUAUAACUUUUUGACGUCAAAGAUGACGAGGCAGACGGAGAUUGACAAAGAAGAACUUCAACUACUCAACGACAGGAUCAGGCAAUAUAAGUCUGGAAUUAUGAGAUUGAAAGAGGACCUCUCACAACUGGAGAUUGCGUUCGCGUCGGAAAGCUUCGCAUCACUGAAAACUCAAGAAGCCACUCUCCUCUCCGAGAUUGAAAAACUCAAAAAAGAAAAAAAUGAGAAGGAAAAAACGAAAUUGAACAACAAAAAAUUGCUGAGCAAAGCAGAUAAAAUCUACGAACAAGUUGAAACGGAGAAAAACAAAUACGGGUCAGACGUACAAACAGUUAAACAGACGGUCGAGAGGCUCGAGAAUUUAAAGACAGCACUUGAGAUAAAAAGUUGA